AUGGGGGAGGGAUAUCGAAGUGGCGCGGAGAAAGGCGCUCGCGUGCUUCGAGAUGAACCAGGCAUCCCCGGCGGCCUCAUCCCCGCCAUCCCCGGCGUCACCGAGCCCCUCGCGGACAUUGCUCCUCCUCUCCCUGUGCUCCAGGUGCCCACUCCCGCCCUGCCCAGCCCGCCUUUCAGCGCCUCCAACAUCAAGCCUAAGAAGAUUGGCUACUUCUGGACCGGCGCCGGCGACAACAAGCACAAGGAUUUCCUCGUCGCCACCAGUCUCGACGAUGAUACCUUCGGCACCGUCAUCGACAUCGCCGAUGUGCCCACCAGCGGCAACUCGCCCCACCACUUGAGCCCCUCCACCGACGGCAAGACCCUCCUCGGCGGCGGUCUCCUGUCCCUGCUCAAGACCCAGGACACCGCCUUCUACUUUGACGUGUCCGACCCCUACCGCCCCAAGUUCCUCAAGAGCAACAGGGCUCUUCUCAGCUCCAUCGUGGACGAGAUCCGCGCCAAGCCCGACGGUGGCUUCUUCAUCACCUACAUGGGCAGCGCCGUCGGCACCUCCCCGGCCGCCUCGUCGAGACCGACGCCGACUUCAACAUCAUCCACGAUUCUCCCCCACGGCCUGUCCAUCGACUUCGAAAAGGACAUCAUCCUCACCUCCGACUUCGUCGUGCCCCUGACCGUCCUCAAGCCCAGCUUGGGCGCCAAGUACGCCAACACCCUGCGCCUGUGGAACCUCUCCACCCGCAAGAUCUUGUCCACCAUCACCAUUCCCGAUUGCCGUCGCUACCGGAACCGUCUGGAUCAUCUACCCUUCCGCACCGGUCCCAACGGCCAGCCCGGCACGGCCGAGCUCCUCUACGAUCUCGGCGACAAGGCCAAGAACUCGGUCGCCAUCUACUCCGACAUCUCCGACGACGGCAAGUUGGCCUACUUCUCCAUCACCCUCGGCAACCACGUCGCGGCCCUCGACAUCUCCGAUCUCAGCAACGUCAAGCGCCUCGACGACCCCAACGAGCAGCAGCCCAUCAUCGGUCCCCACUACGUCAAGAUCUCUCCCGACAAGAAGAACCUCCUCGUCACCGGCUACUUCGUUCAGGGCGGCGAUAUCUCCAUCUUCAACACCCCCGGCGACUACAAGGCGCACUGGAUUGAUAUCCUCGACGACGGCAGCCUCAGCUUCAACAGGACCAUCGACUUCGAGUCCAUCUUCACCCGCGACCGCGGUGGUGCUCGCCCCCACUCCUCCGUCAUCUAUGACCUUACUGACCCCGAGAACCCCAAGUACUACUAA